ACUACCUCAAGUUUCAACACUCGCUCGUUCUCAACAUCGUCCUCGCACACUCCGUUGAAUAGUCCACAAGGGCGCUCCUGCGCCCAUUACUCCCCUCAUCAUGACUUCAGCGCCACCCUCCCCUCUCCGCGCAGCCAAUGCCGCUUCCUCCACGCCAGUCCCCCUCCGACCAUGAAACCCUCCGCUCCGCCCGUGAAUAUCCUCCCAACGCAACUCGCCCGAACAUACUCCUUCGUCCAUCCCGCCGCACUGCUGGCCAUCCUGGCCGUCCGGUUCCAGGCGCUGGUCGCUGAUCCCGUCGCGGAAAUGCUGAAUACGCUCCCCUUCUUGGCCCUGCUGCAGGUGACAUACGUGAUGGUGUGCCUGCCGCCCGCCGGGUCGGUGCUGUCCUCGCCGCCGGCGUCUCCGGUAGGCGAGGGAGAUGAUAAGGACAAGGAGAAAGAGAAGAGGAAACUCCCGGUUCGAGCGGGGAAGCUCGGCAAGAGGAAGAACCAGGCGCAUGCGGCCGGUUUGUCGGCGAAAUUGACGCCCGCCCUCCUCUCCCUAACCCUCACCUUCCUCCUCGCCACCCCCGUCCUCGCCAUCCUCCUCACGGUCCUCUGCGCCGCGCACAUGGCGCUCCUGGCCUCGACGGCGCUGAUCUACGUACAUGGUGUCGACGGCGCCGUGUGGCGCGAGGUGUGGGCGUUUGCGCGCCCGGCUGAUGCCGUCUGGGGCGGUGCGCUGGGGACGGCUCUCGGGGCAUGGUUUGGGGCUGUGCCGAUUCCGUUGGAUUGGGAUCGUCCGUGGCAGGCUUUUCCGAUUACUAUCCUGACGGGUGCGUAUAUCGGGUUUGCUGUCGGAUCGGUCGUCUCUCGGUCGUCGUGGUUGUUUGGGAAAUGGCUUGAAUUUAUGCCGGAGCAGGAUGAUCAGGAUAAGAAGACGGAGUGAGGUGGGUUGAAUGAGCUGAGUUGAGGCAUAGCAUUUAGCGUCUGUAGUCGGUUUUAUGGUUCUUGUAGAUAGUGCGUAGUCAUAGUCUUGAUUUGGAGUUUAAGUUUACUUCCGGAGCCUGUGUAUGUCCUUCGAUCUAUUGAUAUCUAUAUAUGGAAGGGGUUAUAGAUC